AGAAAGUUUAACGGUUUAACUCCAUGUUGCAGCUUUGACAGCUCGAUACGUUGUGGAAGUUUUGCACAGUGUAUAGUCCAGCUUGUUUCAAAGAACGUUUGGAAUUUUUUGCAGAGUUAUAUGUUUUAAAAUAACGAUCUGAACGAUCUUACAACAGGACGAUGGUUAUUGAUGCCGACGUUGAGAACCAACCAUGGGAUUUGAAAACGUUUUCCGGACGUUUUAAAUACUUUUUGUGGGUAACGGAUCCAAGAACCUGUUUAACGCCGGAAGAGGAACUGAUGCAGGCUAGACAAUUGAUUUUAAAUAUCGGAAACGGAAAAAAAUCAUCACUAUCAGAAAAUGAAAUAAAUUUCGCCAGAAAACUUUACGAAAGUGCAUUUCACCCCGAUACCGGUGACCUGCAAAAUAUUUUUGGACGUAUGAGUUUUCAAAUGCCCGGAGGUAUGGCAAUAACUGGUGCUAUGUUACAGUGGUACAGAUCAAAUACUGCUGUAAUCUUUUGGCAAUGGGUUAAUCAGUCCUUCAACGCAUUAGUCAACUACACCAAUCGAAAUGCAAAUUCGUCAUUGUCUACAACCCAAUUAUUCAUAUCCUACGUAUCAGCUACAAGUGCAGCUCUUGUAGCAGCGGUAGGAUACAAAAAAUAUUUGACCAAAACAGCCAGCCCGUUUUUUCAGCGAUAUGUUCCUUUUGUUGCGGUGGCAGUGGCGAACUGUAUAAAUAUUCCACUAAUGCGACAAAAUGAAAUUCUUUAUGGAAUUCAUAUUCACGACGAAGAAGGAAACAUUGUUGGCAAAAGUAGAUUGGCUGCUGUCAAAGGGAUUUGUCAGGUCGUUUUGUCUCGAAUUGUUAUGUGUGCUCCAGGAAUGCUAGUUUUACCCAUGAUAAUGGAAUCUCUGGAAAAAUUUAAGGCAUUUCGACGAAUCUCAUAUCUUCAUGGCCCAUUUCAAGUUGUAGCUGUUGGAUGUUUGGACAUGUUUGAUGAGCAUUACCUAUACAUCCGGAAGGACAGUUUGCACCAGUUCUGGAAGGACCGUCUGUACGAAAAGGAGCGUCGUACUCGGUGUACUUCCAGAGGUUGGAGCGAGAUCCGACGAACCUGAUCAAAACUAUCUACCUGGAAUACCGAAGAAGUCACCGCAACUCCCGCCCUCAAACGCUCAUCUCGCGACGGCGCAGCUUCGGCCGGAUGAACUUUGACGGCGAGUUGUCAACAUCUCACUAUGGGCCAUCCCCAUACAAACAGGCGGCCAAAUUAUAUUUUUGCUUUUUAAAUGUGUUUUCAUACAAAUUUAGGU